AGUACACCAAGUAGCGAUCGAGCGUUUCUCUCAGAUUAGGGCCAUCCCAGCAGAUUAUUCCCACGCUGCCGCAGCGUUAGUAUACAUCUUUAAUUUCCAGAAUGGUGAAAAAGGGGAUUAUUCCGUUUCUUCGAACUUCUACGGCCCGUCCACAGCAACCACUUUUGACUGCUGCGCGACACAGUACCCAAAGACGCCGCGCCCUCCAUUCCUCUACAUUGAAAGCGGCCGUUGCGCACCCAAUUACUGCACAUGGACCUCCGCCUAAGGUCCCUUCGCCAUCCCCUAGGUUUGAAGAGCGUGCAACUCAUCAAGCAGAGGGCAAGGAAAAGCUAUCAGAAACCGAGCCAGAACCUCGCCCGACCAAGAAACCUACAACACUGAAGAAGCGCUUUUGGAAAGAUGUCGAUUUUCAGAUAAAGCAGGGGGGCGAGUAUCAGGUUCUUUUAGAUAAACGGCCAGUCCGGACUCCCUCAAAAAGCGUCCUAUCAAUACCGCCUACAAAACCAUAUCUAGCGCAUGCAAUUGCUUUGGAAUGGGAUGUACUGAACACUGCGCAACAAGCUUUGAAGAAUCACAUGAUCCCGUUAACCUCUCUUACGGCGCGCGCAGCCGACAUUGCACACGAGGACGCUGCGGGAGAAACACUUGCACGAGAUCAAAUAGUCAAAACCGCAAUGCGCUAUCUUGAUACGGAUACAUUGCUCUGCUGGGUGCCGGAACACAGCGAAUCCGCCGUUGAGGCUGGUGGAAACGAUCAAAGGCAAGAAACACUUCGGGAGGCUCAAAUGAGAGUAGCAAAGGAUAUAAUCGCAUUUCUAAGCACCAAAGUAUGGCCUGGCAUUGAGAUAGUACCGGUUCUAGACGCGGAGAGUAUCCUCCCGGCGUCCCAAGCUCCGGCGACGAAAGAUAUUAUCAAGCAAUGGGUUCAGGGUUUGGAGGCCCAUGAUCUGGCUGCCCUUGAAAGGGGUAUACUUGCCUCCAAGAGCCUGCUAGUUGCUGUUAGACUGGUGAGCGAGUGGAGCGAGAACUUCCGCCAUCUGCAAAGGGCGGGCCAGAAGAAAUUUGGCAUUGAAGAGGCAGCCGAGGCUUCCAGUCUCGAAGUUAAGUGGCAAACGGACAUGUGGGGGGAAGUUGAGGACACUCACGACGUUGACAAGGAAGACUUGAAGCGCCAACUUGGAAGUGUCAUCCUUUUGGUGAGUGGGGAGACACCCGAGAGACAAUAGGGUGAUCCUUUUACUCGAAAAAAGGUGUAUAUCUAGUUAGAAAUAGAGGGCGCAAUUUUCGCUGUAUAUGUAUGCAUAAUAUAAAUUUGCGUUAAUUAAUGAGCAUGUGAGAUGGGGAAUUUGAUUUGGUGCUUGUGGUGCUACUGGAUAAUAAACUUCCACCUUCAAAGAAUGCACUUGGC